AUUGUAUCGUCGUCAUUCUUACUUGUUCUAUCCCCAAACCUUAUUACAAUUUUUUUUCUUUCCAUGCGUGCGCCCGCCUUGUAUAAAAAUAAACAGGAAAAUCUUUUUCUUUUUUAACUCUCUCUUUCUCUUUCUCUUUCUCUUGUACUAUUUCAACCAUGGACCAAGUUCAUAUUCCCAUCCUAAGUGAAGACGAAAAGAUCUUUUUAAACACAACAGCAACAUUUAGUCAAGCAAGAAGAAUGUCAAACACAAUAGACCAUUCUGCCAGACCCAGUUUAGAAGAUAAUAUCUCACAUAGAAAUCGUCGCCACCAAGUGGCAUCUUCUGUUCCUUCAUUAUCGUUUCUAUGGAAACGAAGAGGUUCUUCUGUUUCUGCACACACUACUUCAUCUGCCGGUUCAGUUGAAUAUCGUAUAGAAGAAUCUCAAUCACCUAAAGCAAGAGAAUUAGAAUCGCUGAUAUUUGAUCAGCCACAAAGAACGGUUCGAAUGAGCCUCACACCACGUUGCGCAGUCUAAUUGUAUAUUCCUUUCUUGUCUUUUACCUUAAUGCUUUCUUUCUCUAUCUUUCUAUUAUAAACUGUAUAUAUCCAAAUAAAACCUCUUACUCUGUCAAAAA